UUUAAUCUUUUCCACAACUGUUUGGGCCUGUCCAAACCUGACAGAUUGUUACAUAAAAUAAUAAUCUGUCACGGAUCUCCCGCUUCUCUCUCUUUCACCUCCCCCACCGGCGACAACCCACCCCAUAUAUAAUUGAAGCAGAUUGAGAAGAUUCACUGAUCAUUUCCAUUUUCCUAGAUGUGGGUUUGUAUACAUACACGUAUUCAUACGUACAGUAACUUUUAGAUAAGAAAAGACUAUUCAUAUACUCCGUUAGAUUCCAACUCUUAAAUUAGUUUGAGAUUGAGUUAUACUUGGUUGUAUAUACGAUCUCAAACGUAUUUCUUGUGAUGGAGAACCAAGUUGACAUAGAGAAUGAAGGAGGGAUGGUGGAGGAAGAGAAAAUAGAUUUGGAGAGAAAUUUCUCGACCAUUUCAGAAAGUGGGAUAAGAGAGCCUUUGCUUAAAUCCAAGAGCAGAGUCAACAACACCUCCCAAAUCGCUAUUGUUGGAGCCAAUGUUUACCCCAUUGAAAGCCUCGACUACGAGAUUGUAGAAAAUGACCUUUUCAAGCAAGACUGGAGAUCUAGGAAAAAGGUCCAGAUAUUUCAAUAUAUAUUUCUCAAGUGGACUCUUGUGCUUCUCAUUGGAUUAAGUACUGGCCUUGUUGGUUUCUUUAAUAACAUAGGAGUGGAAAAUAUUGCUGGUUUCAAGCUACUGCUAACUAGCAACUUAAUGCUUGAGGGAAAAUAUUUCCGGGCAUUUGCUGCUUUUGCGGGUUGCAAUGUGGUUCUUGCAACUUGUGCUGCGGCCCUCUGUGCACUUAUUGCACCUGCGGCUGCAGGGUCUGGGAUACCUGAAGUAAAAGCAUAUCUAAAUGGUAUUGAUGCGCAUUCCAUUUUGGCUCCAAGUACAUUACUUGUCAAGAUUUUUGGUUCCAUUUUGGGUGUUGCUGCUGGAUUUGUUGUUGGCAAGGAAGGACCUAUGGUCCAUACUGGUGCUUGCAUAGCAAACUUACUUGGACAAGGGGGUUCCCGCAAGUAUCAUUUAACUUGGAACUGGCUAAAAUACUUCAAAAACGACCGUGAUCGUAGGGAUUUGAUCACUUGUGGUGCUGCUGCUGGUGUCGCAGCUGCUUUCCGUGCCCCAGUUGGAGGAGUCCUUUUUGCUCUUGAAGAAAUAGCAUCAUGGUGGCGAAGUGCUUUACUUUGGAGGACUUUCUUCACAACUGCUGUCGUUGCUAUGGUGCUCAGAUCUCUCAUACAAUUCUGUCGCAGUGGGAAAUGUGGACUAUUUGGGCAAGGAGGUUUGAUAAUGUUUGAUGUCAAUUCAGGAGUAUCUAAUUACAACACAAUAGAUGUAUUGGCAAUAAUUUUAAUUGGAGUACUUGGAGGCCUUUUGGGAAGCCUUUAUAAUUAUCUUGUCGACAAGGUCCUUCGGACUUACAGCGUCAUUAAUGAGAGAGGUCCUGCUUUCAAGAUCUUGCUUGUCAUGACCGUUUCCAUCCUGACUUCUUGUUGCUCUUAUGGCCUACCAUGGCUGGCAAGGUGCACCCCUUGUCCUGCCGGCUUGGAGGAAAAAUGCCCAACUAUAGGUCGCUCUGGAAGCUACAAGAAUUUCCAGUGUCCACCAGGGCAUUACAAUGAUCUCGCAUCCCUCUUUCUGAACACCAAUGAUGAUGCCAUUCGCAAUUUGUUUAGUUCAAAUAAUUCAAAUGAAUUUCACAUCUCUUCACUUCUCGUCUUCUUUGCUGGGGUAUAUUGCCUUGGCAUUAUUACUUAUGGAAUUGCUAUUCCUUCUGGACUUUUCAUUCCUGUCAUACUUGCUGGAGCCUCCUAUGGGCGUAUUUUCGGUAGAGCCUUGGGUUCGUUGUCCAAUCUUAAUGUUGGUCUGUUUUCGCUACUUGGUGCUGCUUCUUUCCUUGGUGGUACCAUGAGAAUGACAGUAUCAAUUUGUGUCAUACUCCUUGAGCUUACAAACAAUCUAUUAAUGCUUCCGUUGGUGAUGCUUGUUCUCCUCAUAUCAAAAACUGUGGCCGAUAGUUUUAACAAGGGUGUGUAUGACCAGAUUGUGAAAAUGAAAGGCUUGCCUUUCUUGGAAGCUCAUGCUGAACCAUUUAUGAGGCAU